AUGUGCCCUGGCAUUCUUCGGAAACUAUGGACCCUACUAAGAGUUAUUUGGAGAAAGGGCAAAAUCCCGGAUUGCUGGAAGAGAGCGGAGGGAAUAUUCGCCCCAAAGGAGAAGGACUCGAAGGAUAUUGGUCAGUUCUGGACCAUUUCUCUGCUCAACGUAGAGGGGAAGAUAUUCUUUGCAGUCCUAGCCAAGCGACUGACAACGUUCCUUACUUACAACAACUACGUUGAUACGUCAAUUCCGAAGGGUGGAGUUCCCGGAUUUUCAGGCUGCGUCGAGCAUACCAGUGUUCUCAGCCAAGUGAUCAGGGAGGCACGAGUGAACCAUGAUGACCUGACUGUAGUGUGGCUAGACCUUGACAACACUUAUGGAUCAAUACCCCACAAGUUGAUUGAGAAGGCACUUGAGCAGUAUCAUGUACCAGAACACGUUUGUAACCUGGUAAAAGACUACUACAGAGGCAUUAAGCUACGCUUUGCUGUGGGAGACAAGACAACAGCAUGGCAAAGCUUGGAGAAAGGCAUUGUCACAGGAUGCACAAUCUCUGUGGUCCUGUUUGUGAUGGGUAUGAACCUCAUCAUCAAUGCGGCGAAGAGAGAGACACGUGGUCCAAAAGCAGCAUCAGGAAUCUACUUACCUCCAGUUAAGGGAUUCAUGGAUGACCUCACUCUGACAGCAAAGACCCACAUCCAAGCAAGGUGGAUGCUUUCGGCCCUAGAAGAGGCAGCAACUUGGUCCAGAAUGAGGUUCAAACCCAGAAAGUCCAGAGCACUUGUUAUCAGGAAAGGCCAACCAACCAAGAAAUUCAAUCUGACAGUGCAAGGUGAGGACAUACCAUCGAUAAUGGACAGCCCCAUUAAAUGCCUUGGGAAGUGGUAUGAUGCUACACUCCAAGAUGGGAACAACAUCAAGCGCAUCAAGAACCAGCUCACUGAAGGGCUGAAGCAGAUUGACAAAAGCGGACUACCUGGCAAAUUCAAGGCCUGGUUAUUCCAGAAUGGACUUCUCCCACGACUGAUGUGGCCACUGAUGCUUUAUGAGGUGGCAACAACAGUGGUGGAAGGACUGGAGAGAACCAUUAGUAGGCAUUUGCGAAAGUGGCUUGGCGUACCACCCAGCUUCAGCAACAUUGGACUCUAUGGACGAUCAAAUCAACUACAGCUCCCAUUGAGUUCGUUGGUGGAGGAGUACAAGGUGGCAAAGGCCAGACUUGUCAUGACGCUGAAGGAUUCAAGGGAUGACAUGGUCCGAAGAGCAGGUGUUGAGACCAGGACGGGAAGAAAGUGGUCCGCUAGCCAGGCUGUAGCGCAAGCCGAGAGCGGCCUGCGACACAAAGACAUUGUGGGAACAACGGCAGUGGGAACACAAGGUCUGGGCUCUGCGGAGACGAGGAGUUGGAAGAAGGCGGACAGUAGGACAAGGAGGGAGAUGGUCCAGGCAGAGGUACGUCUGGCCGAAGAAGAAGAUCGAGGCAUAAGGGCAGUGGCAAUGGGGUGCCAGGGUGCUUGGACAAAGUGGCAGACUACAGGAAAGAAGAUGACAUGGGCGGAUAUCUGGCGUAGCGAACCUCUGCGCAUCAGUUUCCUGCUCAGGUCAGUCUACGACCUGCUACCUUCACCAGCAAACCUGCACAGAUGGGGAAAACGUGACGACCCAACCUGCCCACUUUGCGGAAAGAUAGGCACGCUAGAACAUACACUAUCAUCUUGCCAGACAGCCCUUACACAAGGAAGAUACAGGUGGAGACACGACAAGGUCCUCCAAGAACUGGCAGACAUAGUGGAAAGGGAGAGGCGAAAGAAGAGGACUGUGAAAGAGACCAGAAAGAUGCAGUUUGUAAAGGAAGGGGAAACCAUCAAGAAGCAGCAGGCGCAAGCAGCAUUGAUCCUAGAUCGUGCGCAGUCAUGGGAGAUGGCUGUUGACCUGAAACGCAGGCUGGUUUUCCCAAGUGUAGUCCAGACAACACAACGCCCCGACAUGGUGAUCUGGUCGGCAAAGGACAAGUGUCUGGUGAUGGUUGAACUCACAGUUCCUUGGGAGUCGCGCUGUGAUGAGGCGAUGGAGAGGAAAACAGCAAAAUAUGCUGAUCUGCAGAGGGAAUGCAAGGAGAAGGGGUGGCACACGUGGCUAUUCCCAGUGGAGGUCGGCAUCCGAGGCUUUCCGUCAAAGUCUCUCUGGAGACUUUUCACUGCACUUGGCCUGACAGGAAGAGACAGAAAGCGAGCGGUCAACAGACUUGGGGAUGCAGCGGAGAGAGCAUCGAGAUGGCUUUGGCUGGGGAGAGAAGAGAGGAGCUGGCAGCCGUCUACUGACACGUAG